GAAGAUGCCCCCCCGUCAUGCCGCUGCCGCCGCCCCCGUCGGCGGCGGCCGCCCAGUGGGCUCAGCAUGCGUACACGGCCAGUACGCAGGCCGCUGCUGCCAAGGCGGCCGCUGCAAAGGCAGCAGAGGUCGCGGCGGCACAAGCUGCUGCGGCACAGGCUGCCGCCACUCAAGCGCAAGUAGCACAAGUAAGUGCGCAGCAGGCGGCGGCUGCUCAAGUGGCUCAAUCCUUGGGUUACAAUGUGGCGCCGGUGGGUGUGCCCACGGCGGCAGCCUACGGGGACCUUCCCUCUGCUGCACCUCCUUAUGGCCUUAGCUCUCCAAACCCCAUGCCCGCCUCCAUGGCCAGCAUGAACCCGCUAUGGCUGCUGCCUGCGGCAUUGGCGGCCUCUUGCCUAGGCGAACGGAGAAAACAAGGAGACGAGGCAAAUCCUUCAUGGAUUUGUUGGGCUGAAAGAAGACCAUUGAGGAAGGGUACUUGGGAAGUUGGUGUAAGUUGAUGCGCUGGGCAGGGUGAUGCUGGUUGCAGGAUCACACUUAGGAGCGAUGCUUGGUAUAUUCAACAGCACAUCCCCGUCGUGGGGCCUGAUGUUCAUAUUGAAUGAGCUUAUAAAAGAUCUUACUUUACUGGACUUCCGAG